CUCUUCCCUCAGUGCUGUCUCACCCUGUGCAGAGGCUUCAGAGGUGUGAACACAUCCUGUUUACAUCUGCCACCAAGACGGGGAGGCUGAGGGGAGCACACGGCUGAGGCACUGUUGGAGGAAACGCCAAGUACAGGGAGAGCAGCUGCGGCGGGAGACGGCCCCGGCAUGGACACAGUGCCUGUCUACCACGGGGCCAUCACCCGCGAGGCCGGCGAGAGGCUGCUGCUGGCAGCGGGCACGGAUGGCAGCUACCUGCUGCGGGACAGCGAGAGCAUCCCGGGAGUCUACUGCCUCUGUGUGCUGCAUCAGGGUUAUGUUUAUACCUACAGAGUGUCCCAGACAGAAACUGGAUCUUGGAGUGCUGAGACAGCGCCUGGGGUCCACCGGAGGCUCUUUCGGAAAGUGCAGAACCUCAUUCUGGCCUUCCAGAAACCCAACCAAGGCAUUGUGACACCCCUGCAGAACCCAGUUGUCAACGAUAUGAAAGCCAGCUACUGCCCAGGGAGGAAUGAAGGCUAUGACUUCCACCUGCAGCCGUCAUGAGGAUGUCUCCACAAGUGUGACGUAAACACAUCUUCCAGCAUCUCCUCUAAUCCAUGCUUUAAAACAGAAUGAUUUAUAUGAUAGUAAAUACAACUCUGUGAGUUUUCUUGUAACAUUUGCAGAAAUGUGUAUUUCAUAGAAUUUAUUGCUCAAGAUGUCGAAAUUUAAGUUUCGGAAUACUUUGAACUUAGGGUGGGAUAAUUUUUGGUUUAAUUUUGUUUUUUCCUAAGAGAGGAUAAAAAACCAUGAACUGCCAAAUCCUUCAUGUCUUUUUUUCCCCCUUGUACUGUCAAGUAAAAAAUAUUUUUUCCCUUCAAGAUUAGCUCUUAAUUAAUAAUUAGUUAUUAGUUUUACAUUUCUUGCCUUUGGAUCUUGCUUUGCUUUGUUCUGGUUGGCAUUUAUGCAGAGUCGGGCAAGUCUCCUUUUAUAAGCUUAGGAGAAUUGUUUGCAUUAAAGUGUCCUUGCCUUGGGUGGGCUGUGUUUGUCAUUCAUACAAUUCCUAAAGAUAUUCUCAAGUGACACCCUGAGGAUCCCCAUUAACUGAUUUCCCACCGAACCAGUUGCUCUGCCCUGUAACAAAAUCUGUCAUUUUCGCAAUGACCAAGAGCUUAAAUAAUGCACAGAGUAACCGAGAACACCCAGUGAAGUGGAAAGCCUUGUUCUUUGCUUUAAGGUGUUCCCUGUACUUGAAACAAGCCAUCCUUGCAUACAAGUUAAAAAAAUAAAUUAUUUUUGCAUGACA